GCAUGCUAUAUAAGUAUUGCAUUUCAGCUCUGCUGGUCUUGUCUGCUGGAUAACCGAACUACUCAAUUAGUUUGGUAGUGAAGUGGAUGUUAAACCUAUCAAUCGAUCAAUCAAUCAAUCAAUGGUUCUGCUGAAACUGAUGGAGAAACAAGACCCUCCAGAAGAAGAUGUAAAAGACAUUUUCCAGGUGACAGAAGUCCAGUUUAACAUUGAUGAUGACUGCAAGGCUCACCGUACUGACAAGUACAGCCUUACUGAGGAGCGGCCAGGCCAGGAUCAGUUCCUCAUCGUCCGCAGGGGUCAGCCAUUCCAGAUGAGGCUCACCUGUGACCAGCCUUAUGAUCAACAAACACACGAACUGAAACUGAUUUUUGAGACAGGAAGCAAUCCUCUGUCAACCUCGGGAACGAAAGUGGAGGUGAUCUUGUCAGAGGCUGAUCAACACAGCCAAUGGGGAGCCAAGCUUCUGGAACAGAAGGAGGACAUGAGCUUGACGUUGGAGGUCAAAACUCCACCCCCCUGUAUCAUUGGUCGCUGGAACCUCAAAAUCAGGACACUAAAGAAGGCAAACAUGCAGCCAUCUCACAAGAUCUACAGCCACCCCCUGCCAAUAUAUGUCCUGUUUAACCCCUGGUGUAAAGAGGACCAGGUGUACCUCCAUGAUGAUGGCCUGCUGGAGGAGUAUGUAUUGAGCGAUACAGGAAAAAUCUUCAGGGGAAGCAAGAAAUCAAUCUAUGGUAAACCUUGGAGUUUUGGACAGUUUGAGGACCCUGUGUUGGACUGUGUCCUUGACCUACUUGACAAGAACAACUUCCCAGCAUCCACAAGAGGUGACCCUGUCAAGGUUGUCCGCAAACUCACUGCUCUGGUAAACUCCUCCGACAGGAGUGGUAUCCUGACAGGUAAUUGGUCAGGUAACUAUGAGGGAGGAAAACCCCCCACAUCCUGGACAGGAAGUCAGGCCAUCAUGGAGGAGUACUACAAGACUAAGUUACCGGUCAAGUACGGUCAGUGCUGGGUCUUUUCUGGAGUACUAACCACAUGUUAUCGUGUCCUGGGAAUACCAAGCAGAAGCGUUACUAACUUUUCCUCGGCCCACGACACCGAUGUAUCUGUAUCCAUAGACUACCACUUUGAUGAAGAGGGGAAUCCUUUGGAGCACAUGGACUCAGAUUCUAUUUGGAACUUCCAUGUGUGGAACGAUGUGUGGAUGGCGCGUCCCGACCUUAAAGACCAGGAAUACGGAGGCUGGCAGGCAUGUGACUCUACACCCCAGGAGCAAAGCGAUGGGCAGUACCGAUGUGGGCCCUGCCCUCUGAUGGCCAUAAAAAAUGGAGACAUAAAUGUGCCAUAUGACGGACAUUUCAUUUUCGCAGAAGUUAAUGCAGAUGUUGUGUUCUGGCAAAUAUCAGAGAACGAUCAAAAGAAGAAGAUGGGAGUCAGAACCCAAAGUGUUGGCCAGCACCUUAGCACAUAUAAGCCGAAGUGUCGGGGAGAAACAGAUACAAGCGAUAUUUUCAGUCCCUGUACGGACAAACGCUGGGAGGAUAUCACAUCGGAAUACAAACACAAAGAAGGUUGGGGUGCCGAGAGAGCUGCAGUAAUGAUGGCCAACAUGUCUGGUACUAGGGCAGGCAUCUACAAUCAACCUGUCGAGGCGAGCCAGGAUGUCUCUGUGAAGGUGCUAAAUAAUGAACAAUGCAAUUAUGGAGAUGACCUUGUAGUUGAGGUUGAGUUUGAGAAUUUGUCCAAGGAAGAGCGUACUGUCAGUGGGACCUGGAGUCUCCGGAGUUUCUACUCUACUGGAGUGUAUGCUUACCAGGUCAGGUCGGAGAGGUUACAUGUUAACCUCGGCUCAGAGCAGAAGGAGACCAAGAAAAUGCAGAUAAAGUUUGAAGAGUACAACCCUAACACAAUUGAGGGCUGUUUCUUUAAGACAUCCAUCGUGUGUAUGGUACAGGAGACCAAUCAAACCGCCAUGGACGAUGACGACUUCCGACUCAUCAAACCAGACCUCCACCUGAAGGUGCCAAAAGAGGUCAAGGUCGGAUCACCUUUUAAGGUCAUCGUUUCAUUUAAUAAUCCACUUCCAGUCACGUUGACACAGUGUAGCCUGGAAAUAGAGGGACCAGGACUUCUGAAACCUAGGACCAUCAAACAAAGUUCUGUGGGAGCCCAACAAACCUUCAAUUAUGAUAUGGAGAUGACUGCUUCCAAACCUGGCACCAGGACGAUCAUCGCCAACUUUGACUCUAAAGAGAUUGUGGAUAUAAAUGGCAGCCAUGAAAUAGAGGUCAAGGAGAACUAGAGGUCAAGGUCAUAAAGGUUGAUAAAGGCAACUAUUUCCUUUUAGAUUUGGGGAUUAUUAACAAGAAGUGAUACAGUAAGCUGUGUUUGGACUAACAGGCUGCUGUGUAUUACCUAUAAACAGUGGAUCAGGACUUGUAAUGCUCCUGUAUCAUUAUCAUAAACAGUUUACUUAAUGCUCAGUACCAUGAACAGUGUUUUCCAGAGACACAAAAUAAUAGGGAAAACAUCUAAAGUCAAUGUCAUAAGACCCCUAGGAAUCCCUAGGGUUAUCAAUAAUACAAUUGUAUGUCUUUAUAUCAAACAUGAAAAAGUUUCUUCAGAAAAUAUGAAAUAUUGAGAUAGAAAUAAUAUUGUAUCAAAACAAAAAGUGCUGUCCCUGUGUGGUAUGGGGAUAUAGCAUGUCCAUGUGUGGUAUGUGGUAUAUCAUGUCCCGGUGUGGUAAUGUGGCAUGGCAUGUCCCUGUAUGGUAUGAUGACAUAACAUGUCCCUGUGUGGUAUGGUGACAUAUCAUGUCCCUGUGUGGUAUGGUGACAUAACAUGUCCCUGUGUGGUAUGGUGACAUUUCAUGUCCCUGUGUUGUAUGGUGACAUAACAUUUCUCUGUGUGGUAUG